AUGUCUGGAAUAAUAAAAAUGACUACUGGACUAACAGGAUUAGCAGUAGCAAACAAUCCCCAUCAUACACUGGGGAUUUUGUACAGCAAAAUAUUGCGAACUCUACAGAAAAUGCCUGAAGAUGCAGCAUAUAGAAAAUAUACAGAAGAGAUUAUCAAUGAAAGAGCUAAUGUAUUGAAAGCAAAUAAAGACGUAGACGUUGUAGAAAGACAAAUUGGAUGCGGGCAAAUCGAAGAAGUAAUUGUACAGGCAGAAAAUGAGCUCAUCCUUGCACGUAAAAUGUUAAACUGGAGACCAUGGGAGCCUUUGUUGAAACAGCCUCCAAUAGAGCAAUGGACUUGGCCACCUGCUCAAUCGAAUCCAAAACAUUGA